GUGGCGGGCGCGUGUGCCCGCCCAGCCCGCGCUUCCCCCGGCGCCGCCGCAGCCCCCUGGACGGCCGCCGCAGCCAUGAACCCGUUAUUCGGCCCCAACCUCUUCCUCCUGCAGCAAGAGCAGCAGGGCUUGGCGGCGUCGGAGCCCGAACAGCAGCAUCCGUUCCCGGAGCUUUUCUUCCUUCCCGGCGAGCCCCCGCGGGACUUCUUCGACGGGGAGCUGGCCCCGCCGGACUCCCUCGCCGCCGGCUCUGCCUUCCCGGCCCCGCCGGCCGCCAUGGCGCUCCGCAACGACCUGGGCUCCAACAUCCACGUCCUCAAGACCCUCAACCUGCGCUUCCGAUGCUUCCUGGCCAAGGUGCACGAGCUGGAGCGCCGCAACCGGCAGCUGGAGAAGCAGCUGCAGCAGGCCCUCGAGGAAGGCGGCGCCCGUCGGGGCAGCCUGCAGCGCCGGGACCAAGCCGUGCAGACGGGCUUCGUGGGCCCCAUCCGCCCGCUGGGGCUCCCGCUGGCCGGGGGCGUCGGAAGCGGCGGCGGCGGCGGCAGCAGCAGCUGCAGCAGCCCCCGCUCGGUGGGGCUGGGCACGCCGUCGAGGGUGCUGAGCUCGCCCAGCUGCCACCACCCGGGGGCCCCGCUCACGCCCACCUCCUCGCAGUCGCCCUCGCUGCCGGGCGGCACCUUCUCGUCCUCCUCUCGCUUCUUGCCGGGCACCAUCUGGUCCUUCUCGCAGGCUCGACGGCUGGGGCCCGGCCUGGAGACCACCUUGGUGCAGGGGCCCGGCGUCUCCUGGGUGCACCCUGACGGCGUCGGGGUGCAGAUCGACACCAUCACCCCCGAGAUCCGGGCGCUCUACAACGUCCUGGCCAAGGUGAAGAGGGAACGCGAUGAGUACAAGCGCAGGUGAGGGGCUCGACGGGGCGGGCAAAGGCAUCGUCGCGGUGGGUGGGCGCCAGCCGGCAAGGAGGCCAGUGCCAGGGAGGGGGAGAGAGACGGGCUGGUGGGAGCACUAGGAAAAGAGGCGACGAAGGAGGGCUGCCGUCGCAGGAGCCUCUUAUUUUGCCACUGUUUUUGUUUUUGUUCCGGGCCAGGCCAGCUUUUGUUGGACGACUUCCUUCUCCUUUUCAGUUUUGCCCAAUUCCUCACUUCCCGACAUUGUGAUGCAGUGCAAGUCAUCGUGAUCCACUUUUUCCACACAUGUCAGCAAACAUGCCAACUUGAAUAAAAUAUUGGUGGGGGGGGGGGAGAGGUAAGCUCCACCCCACAUAAUCCAUCACACGUUGCAGAGCAGGCACACCAUUUGAUUCCCCCCCCCCCCAAUUUUUAAAAUGAAUUAAAAAAAAAAUUUAGACAAACAAACAAAAAUCUCAACCUUAUUUGAACCAAUCUUAGUAACAUUGUUAAGUGACUUCCUCGUAUCCCCCGGUUGAAUUUCCAUGUAUAUCAUGCGAACAGUUUUCCCAAACCAAUAUUCUUAUAAAAUUAACUUAAUCACUUAACAUCUUUCUUUCUUUCAAAUUUGCAUGCACACCAUUGGAAUGGCAAUGCCCAUCAACUUUAGGGGGGCCCAGCAGCCCCCUCAAAUAUUUUAGGGGGGUGGGCAGAAAGGACCUCGGCCCCCAGCAAUUGGUUCCUGUGUGUGGCAGGACAGAGUUAUAAAGCAGUUAAAUGAUCUGUCCCGGUUGCUGCUGCUCUUCUUUUUUCCUUUUUAGAAUAAGGGAGCGAAAAGUGAAGUUAAGCCAAGAGCUAUGCCCAACUCUUCCCUGCCACACGGAAGCAUUUUGUGAGUCCCGUCUACUUCAGAUUUCUAUAACUAAGGUGUGACGCCAGUCUAACCCUUCAAAGCUCACCACCCCCUUUUUACCAGUUGGUACCUAAACAUCCCCAUCUUGUAUAGAAAGCCAAUGUUGGGCGAGUUCUGUGUCGCAGAUGCUCACUCAGCUGACUUGCUGCGGAGAGAAGGCACAGAAACCCAAGCCUUUAAAGAUCUUCUGUGUGUGCAGAAUUAUUAUUAUUAUUUGCAGUAGCCACAUAUUAUUUAUAUAGUGCCAUCAGUGCACAUAGCACUCUGCAAAUGUAAACGGCAGAUGUCGGCUUCGUGGCCGGAGGAACUUGCGGUCUGCAUUUAGACGCUGGCUGGGAGUGACAAGGGAUGGAUGUGAACAAAUGCAUUUUUAUACGUCCUGAUGCUUCAUUUUGCUUGGUGGCGAAGACUGAAGGGCCCAAGCUACACACGACAUGCCGGUAUAUCCUUUCUCUGAAAACUUUAUCCCCUUUUGCUGAGAGCAGCAUCCAAGGCAGAGAAAGCUAUGGCAAAUGGAUCAGAGAGGUUUUAUUUCUCUCUUCUCCUCCUGCUGCUCCUCCCAAAGGUACCCAGGGCGGCAAAUAACAAGGGAAAAACCAUACAAACACAUUUAAAACUAUUCCAGUGCAGGUGCAGAUUGGGAAAGAGCACACAACUUGAAAAGGCUCAUUGAGAAAGAGGAAUGUCUUCCGUAAAUGCCGAAAAGUUUGCUCAACCCUCAGCACUUUUCUUAUUUAUUUAUUGUUUAUUUACCACAUUUAUAUGCCACCUUUAUCUUCCAAGGAUCUCAAGAUGGUGCGCAUGGUUCUCCUCUUCCCCUUUUCAUCCCCACAACAACCCUGUGAGGUUGUUGUUGUUUAGUCGUUUAGUUGUGUCCGACUCUUCGUGACCCCAUGGACCAGAGCACGCCAGGCACUCCUGUCUUCCACUGCCUCCUGCAGUCUGGUCAAACUCAUGCUGAUAGCUUCAAGAACACUAUCCAACCAUCUUGUCCUCUGUCGUCCCCUUCUCCUUGCACCCUCCAUCUUUCCCAACAUCAGGGUCUUUUCCAGGGAGUCUUCUCUUCUCAUGAGGUGGCCAAAGUAUUGGAGUCUCAGCUAGGCAAGGCUAAUAGAUGGUGGCUGGCCCAAGGUCACCCAGUGAGCUUCAUGGCUGAGUGGGGAUUCGAACCCUGCUCUCCCAGCUUCUGGCAGGUACCCAUAACUUUUUCCUGAGUUGUGAUGUUUUGAGCAUGUGUGUGUGUGUGUGUGUGUGUGUGCGCGUGCGCUCAGACACACAAGCAAGAGGUAAGCAACUUCUCUUUUCGUAAAUGUGGGGAGUUUUGAGUUAAGCUUGUCUCACUCAAACCUGCCAGCUACUAAGAUCAUUCUCAGACACUCUCCAAGGAAGGCCACCAUCAGUGACCAGAAUCAAGGAUCUCACGGUGCCCAGCCAUUGAAUGCUCACUCCCAAGGGAGGCUUGCCUGGGGCCAACUCUGUUGCCCCUUUGGCACCAGGCGAAGAAGACCUCCUUAUUUUGCCCAGCCUGCUAAGAAGACUCUUUCCGAUACGACAUUUCUGUUUUGUGCUGUAGUGAUGGUAUAUUCUGUUCCAUUUUAUUUAUUAAACCCCUUUUUAAAAAAACAAACAAACUUGUAAGCUGCCUUGAGAGUCCUUUGAGCUAGUAAAGCAGAGCAUUGGAUGCUUAAAGAAAACAUAGGUACCUUUGAAGAGGUAGAAAGAUUUGCAGGGUUGGCUAAGUUCCAGGAUGUUUAAACAUGCCAGAACUGCAGGUGCCUCUAGCUGGGCUUCAGUGCGGGGAACCAGGUUAAAAAUCUGUGCCUGCAGCAGUUUUUCAGGCAAUUGGGUUGCCGGGAAGAGGACCGAUGAAUUGCAAUGCACUUUUGUACACUAGGGAAGGUACAUCCUACAGAGGCAGGUGAAUUUCUGUGAUCAUGGGAGAGAUAGAGGGAUCCCUGUCAAAGCAUCCUUUAGAAGAGUAAGAGGGACAACAUAGGAGCAGCUGCUCAGAAACAGUAUUUUUCUUUCUUUCAGUGGGGCUACUGCUACUUUUGUUGGCUUUAAGCAUGAAAGAUACCAGGAUGGUAUCUUUUAUAAUUGGCCAGUAAGUAUUUGUGCAUCUGCCUAAUAUCUCCGUAUUGUGACCAGUAGUGGAAUUUCCCUGUGGAUGUGGCGAUGCUCCCACAUGCUGCUGUAAGGGAAAAGUGUCAGGUCCCUCUUCGCACGUUUCACAAGAAGUGUGAGGCGGAAGAUGCACAAGUCGUGCACGUUUCUACCAUCUCCACUUCUUUGCAGGAUGCAACCUUUGCUCCUAAACUGUAGUAGCUAAUCCAUGGGAGAACAUGGGGAAAAAAUGUUAAAUCACGAGAGGAAGGGGUGUUUUAACUCUUUUCAUUGUGCUACAUUUGCAGCUGAAAUCAUCCCUUGCCUUGUGGCUUUUAAACUUAGGAGGGGGAAAAACCUUUGCCCACUCCCCCAAUGGGACUAAAUGCAGCUUUGACAGGAUGCAGAGGAUGAUUUAACUUGGAUAAAUAAGGUGAAGGUCAAGGACCCCUGGAUGGUUAAGUCCAGUCGAAGGCGACUGUGGGGUUGCGGCGCUCAUCUCGCUUUCAGACUGAGGGAGCUGGUGUUUGUCCACAGACAGCUUUCCGGGUCAUGUGGCCAGCAUGACUAAACUGCUUUUGGAUGGAAACCAGAGCGCACAGAAACACUGUUUACCUUCCCGCCGCAGCGGUACCUGUUUAUCUACUUGCACUGGUGUGCUUUCGAAUUGCUAGGUUGGCAGGAGCUGGGACAGAGCAACGGGAGUUCACCCCGUCACGGGGAUUCAAACCGCCAACCCUCUGAUCAGCAAGCCCAAGAGGCUCAGUGGUUUAGACCACAGCACCACCCGCAUCACAUUCAUUUGGAUAAAUAACAAGGGCAGAAAGGGUCAAGUAACGCCCUUCUCUUCCUGUCCCACUUUUUCUUUUAAAUAGUUCAGCCUUGAAGCUCCCAUAUCAUACCUUUUUUGUUUACUGUGUUUGGGGAGGGAGAGCAAAGAAGAGUUAUGAAUAGUGUAGAGAAAGUUAACAGAGGAAUUAUUCUUCUCCUCCUCAUUGCAGAAGUCAGUUUAGGACAGGUUUUGUAAUUAUUAUUAUUUUUAAAGUGCUGAGCAUACAUAGUGCUAAAUGAGAGCCUUUCUUGUGAAAUAUCCCUGCCUGUUCUUCAUUGAUAGUGUUGCUAUUUAACAAUCCCUGUGCCUAAUUGUUACAGCUGCAUAAUCACAGAAUCAUCAAGUUGGAAGGCAUCUCAGAGAUCAUAUAGGCUAACCUUCCUGUCCAAUACAGGAAAGCUACUUCAGACUACAAUAGCCCUGAUAGGUGCCCAUCCUGGCCGUACUUUUUAAAAAAGAGUCCACCUCCUUUUGAGGCAGUCCAUUCUGUUAUCAAGCAGCUUGCACCACCAGCAAGUUCUUCCUAGCAUUUUGUCCAAAUCCAUUGUCUUGACAAUUGAAUGCAUUGGUCCGGGUCCUGACCCUCUGGAGCAACAGAAAACAAGUUAGCUCCAAUGCUUGUGCUACAGCCCUUCAGAUAGUUGGCUGUCAUGGCACUGCUCAAUCAACUCUUUGCCAGGCCCAGGCAUCCUCUCCGCAAAGGACUCCAUCUCUGCGCUCAUCAGCGUUGUUCAUGCCCACCUUUGGCCAGGCUCUGAUUCAUCUUCUUCCUUCCCAGAACUGGACAUUACUCCUUGCAAUAUAUAGUUUGCCUCUCUUGCCGGAAAGGCUGUGAAACUCCUUGCACGGCCUCCUUUCUUAUCCAGACAAGAUUAGAGGCAAGCUGAUGAUAAUUCUGGCAUAGCUGGAUCAGAAGCGAGUGCUUUGAUGAGAUGGAGCCAAUUGCCGCUCACUGAGCUUCCCUCACCCCCAUAUUUCCCCCCACAUAAAGCCCGGAUCGCUUUUCCGAAGGUCAUCCUUGUUAGGAUUUACAUGACCAACCUUUGAGAGCUGUUUCUGGUGGAAAGGCAGGAGUUAAAUAUGCGUACAUGUGUUAAGAAAAAAACAGCUUUGGGACGGGCCAUUUCAGAAGCAGCAGAUUCUGGUCCUUAGCCAUUUCCUCGUCUCCUUCUCUGCUCCAAAUGCACGUUCACCCUUGCAAACGUAUUGUUUGGGAUCCUGUUCUGUUUAUGUGUGUGAAUGUGGCAGGUGAGAAGAGGAAAGCAUCGUGGCCAUGCUUCCAUUACAGAUUCCCCACUCAUUUCAUAGAAUCAUAGAAUCAUAGAGUUGGAAGAGACCACAAGGGCCAUUGAGUCCAACCCCCUGCCAAGCAGGAAACACCAUCAGAGCACUCCUGACAUAUGGUUGUCAAGCCUCUGCUUAAAGACCUCCAAAGAAGGAGACUCCACCACACUCCUUGGCAGCAAAUUCCACUGUCGAACAGCUCUUACUGUCAGGAAGUUCUUCCUAAUGUUUAGGUGGAAUCUUCUUUCUUGUAGUUUGGAUCCAUUGCUCCGUGUCCGCUUCUCUGGAGCAGCAGAAAACAACCUUUCUCCCUCCUCUGUGUGACAUCCUUUUAUAUAUUUGAACCUGGCUAUCAUAUCAGCCCUUAACCUCCUCUUCUCCAGGCUAAACAUGCCCAGCUCCCUUAGCCGUUCCUCAUAAGGCAUCGUUUCCAGGCCUUUGACCAUUUUGGUUGCCCUCCUCUGGACACGUUCCAGUUUGUCAGUGUCCUUCUUGAACUGUGGUGCCCAGAACUGGACACAGUACUCCAGGUGAGGUCUGACCAGAGCAGAAUACAGUGGCACUGUUACUUCCCUUGAUCUAGAUGCUAUACUCCUAUUGAUGCAGCCCAGAAUUGCAUUGGCUUUUUUAGCUGCCGCAUCACACUGUUGGCUCAUGUCAAGUUUGUGUUUCAUAUGUUCAUGUUCGUAGAGCACGAGACUCUUAAUACAAGGAUUGUGGGUUCGAGCCCCACGUUAGGCAAAAGAUUCCUGCAUUGCAUGGGGUUGGACUAGAUGACCCUCGUGGUCCCUUCCAACUCUUCUGUGAGUCUGUGAUGUGUACUUAGCCUAGGUGCCUGUGAUGCUUUGGGGGUAAAUUCCUGGAGACGACAGGCCCAGCCUACGACACACGGGCCUGAUGCAGAAAACCAAAACGGCAUCUUCUUUCCAUUAACUAAUGCACAGUACCAUUUACCAGGAUGUCUUUUUCUGCUCCAGAGAGGAGGAGCUACAGAGAGGGUUGCAAUAUCUCUGCACGCACAUAUUCUGCCCAUUUCCUGUGUCCUUAGCGGCAGCCUGACGCAAGGUGAUCUGCUGAGGGCAGCUGUCCUGGUAACAGAGAGGAAGUGAUGGCAAACCGUUCACCUGCUUAAACGAUCUCAGCCAUGCUGUUGUUAAAAACAGAGGGGAAGGACCAGUGAGAACAGCAGCUGGAAACACUGAACUGCACUGGGUACAUGGGGAAUUCGGACACAUGGGCUGUGCACAUGAGAGAGAAUGUUUGUGCGGAGCUGUACGAUGCUCACGUCUCUCAUAGCGAGAUGAUAAUUGCAAAGAGCUUUGUGCAAUUAGGGAAAGCACUAAAUAAACACUAGGAAAAUAUGCUGACAUGCGGCAUCAUCCAGGAGCCAACCAGUUACUGAAAGAGCGGCCUAAUAAUUGAACUACUCCCUCCUUCCCUUCCUUCCCCUCACUUGUGAUAUCCUAAAGGAAAACUGAAUUCACUAAAUGCCUUGGUGUUUGGAGAUUUCUCUCUGUGUGUGCGUUGGAAUUUGCAAAGCUGCAAAGCUGGCAAAGGGUCCAAUGCAGAGAACCGAGAUGACUGUGCAGAAUGGCUGAGCACCAUCGAUGCCAGCAGAAUAAACAUUUUUGGAACAGGGAGGGAUUUUAAAAGGCCAUCUGCUCAGUCUCCCUAACUUCAUUAAAGUUCAUUACAAAAUUAAGACUUAUUAGAUGUGUGAUUACCCCCUCCCUUAAACUUGACCACUCUUUUGUAACUUAAUUCCUUUGUAUUUCAUUCAGCCUGAGAAUAGCAAUGGUGAAGAGGAGCAGUUACCCCCCCGCCGCCUUUUUUUGACAGAAAGGAGGACACCUCUGAACCACUAACUUGUAUUGAUUUAUACAAUUUUUAACUACCACAGAUUCUUCCAGAGGAUCCUGAGAACUGCAGCUUUGUUGUUUGUUGUUGUUUAGUCGUUUAGUUGUGUCUGCCUCUUCGUGACCCCCUGGACCAGAGCAGGCCAGGCACUCCUGUCUUCCACUGCCUCCCGCAGUUUAGUCAAACUCAUGCUGGUAGCUUCCAGAACACUGUCCCACCAUCUUGUCCUCUGUCGUCCCCUUCUCCUUGUGCCCUCCAUCUUUCCCAACAUCAGGGUCUUUUCCAGGAAGUCUUCUCUUCUCAUGAGGUGGCCAAAGUAUUGGAGCCUCAGCUUCAGGAUCUGUCCUUCCAGUGAGCACUCAGGGCUGAUUUCCUUCAGAAUGGAUAGGUUUGAUCUUCUUGCAGUCCAUGGGACUCUCCAGAGUCUCCUCCAGCACCAUAAUUCAAAAUUGCACCAUAAUUGCAGCUUUAGUAUUCACUGAAAAUCUGUGGGAGAUCUUUAACAGCCCCUGCCUCUCAUAGUAAUAGUAUUCUCAGGAGUCCCUAGGGAGAUCUGUUGCCCCACCCACCCACUUGUAGAUCUGUGUGUGCAUCGGAAAUACCAGGGACUGGAGACAAAGAGCUGAUACUUCCAUGGUUUGCUGGUGAGCUUCUCUGAGCCACCAGCCACGGCUGGAAACAGAGAAGUGGCCCCGAAUAUGAUGCACCAGGGGGAUUCUUAUAGUCUACCACAGGCAUGUGAGUGAGGAACAUCAGAGGUAUCUGGGAAACGCCCCAGAUGAAAGCUUUAUAGGAGACUUUAAGCUGCCCUGUAGACAUCUUAAAGGUGAAGGGACCCCUGACCAUUAGGUCCAGUCGUGGCCGACUCUGGGGUUGCGGCGCUCAUCUCACUUUAUUGGCCAAGGGAGCCGGUGUACAGCUUCUGGGUCAUGUGGCCAGCAUGACUAAGCCGCUUCUGGCGAACCAGAGCAGCGCACAGAAACACCAUUUACCUUCCCACUGGAGUGGUACCUAUUUAUCUACUUGCACUUUGACAUGCUUUCAAACUGCUAGGUUGGCAGGAGCUGGGACUGAGCAAUGGGAGCUCACCCCGUCGUGGGGAUUCGAACCGCCAACCUUCUGAUCGGCAAGUCCUAGGCUCUGUGGUUUAACCCACAGCGCCACCCGUGUCCCUGUAGACAUAUUACAUGAUAGCUGUUGUUGCCUCCAAACUAGCUCUCUGCAGUUUGCUGCUCCCAGAGUUACAUUACAAGUACCUUGCAUCCUUCACCCAUAGGAUAGCUCAUGGGAGACGAGACUCUUAAUCUCAGGAUCAUGAGCCCCACGUUGGGCAAAAAGAAUCCUGCAUUGCAGGGCGUUGGACUAGACAACCCUCGUUGCCCCUUCCAAUUCUAUGAUUCUGAGUAGAUAAACUCUAAAUCUGGAGCUAGCUAAGAGCUGAACGCUGUUCAGACUCAACGCCCCGGACUGGAGUCAGCUGUUUUCUAUUAGGGUUCCUGUUCCAUCCUUUCCCUUGUUGCUCUGAGUUGAUCAUGUCUUGAGGGAAUGAAGGUUCGUUGGCAGAAAGGCCUCCUGUUGUUUCAGCGGCUUGGUCUCUUUGGGGACCGGUUCCCUGCACCUCUUGCACCCCUCCCUUUCGUCUUGCAGCUUCAAAAGCAUCUUCCUGGGAAGGAGGAGCUGUGGGGUCACUCAAGGAAACGUCUGCUUUCCUGGGCUGCUCUGCUUCGCCUGGGCUGGGCUGAGGGGGGAGGAGGGAACGUUGCAGUCGAGACUAUUAUUAGGAAAUGGUGCAUUGCAGAUGAGAGUGCGAAUGGGGAGGUGGAGGCGGGCGGUGCGGGAUGGGGAUCAGGAGACGAGGCCGGAUGUGAAGGAGGCUUAAGAGUCGCCUUCUGAUUCCAGUGGGCCACUCUCAGAUCAGUGUUGCUACCUAGGAAGCGUUUACUCCCAUUUUCAGCAAAGGAAGCUUAAGGUACCAUUCCUAACGUUGGGUUAAGGCAGGACAGGAAGUGUGUCCUCUCGUCCCAGAUCCGAAGAACCAGUAGAGAGCGAACAGGAGAUCAUUUCAGAAGGGCCAGGGUGGAAAUAGCUGAGAUAAAAGAACUGAAAUAAUAGUUUUCAAUACUGAAACCAAUUCCUAGCAUUCUGCUGCUCAGUGCUGGGGCCAACCAACAGAACUCAGGAUGUGGAGAGAGACUCCACUCUCAAAGGCCGGUGUUGCUCUUUGUGGGCAGGAAAUGGGUACAGACUCUGCUGGUAUCUCUGACUAUGUCUACUUUUUGAGUGUUUUGACUGUACAAAUGACUGCUAGACCCCUUUUUAAAGAGGAAGUGGGGGAGUAAAGCAGCACAUUCUGGGUUGCUCAUAUCCUCCAAUGUUUAUCUGAUGAAAUAGGGGCAUUCUAUUCCAUGAUACUAACGAUGGUAAUAAUAAUACCCCGCCCAUUGGACUGGGUUGUCCCUGCCACCCGGGGGGGGGGCUUCCAACAUAUAUAAAAACAUAAUAUCAAGAGGGAGGACAAGAGUAUAGACUCCCAAGUGCCCCUAUUUUCCAGGGACAGUCCCAGAUUUACAGAAGCCGCUCCGGUGUCGGAUUUGAUCCCAGAAUGUCCUUUAGGACAUCCCUAUUUUCAUCAGAGAAAUGUUGGAGGGUAUGGAGUUAUGCAACCCUCCAAGCCAAGGAGAUGCAACCUUUAGAAGACAUCUGAAGACAGUCCUGUAUAGGAAAGGUUUUUUAUUUUUUUAAUGUUAUAUUAUGUUUCUGCAUAUGUUGGAAGCUGCCCAAAGUGGCAGGGGCAACCCAGUCAGAUGUGUGGGGUAUAAUAAUAGUUGUUAUUAUUAUUAUUAUUAUUAUUAUUAUUAUUAUUAUUAUUUAGGACAUCCCUAUUUUCAUUGGAGAAAUAUUGGAGGGUAUGGGCCUGGAUCUUCCUCUACCUAUGGCAGCUAUGUUGUACUCACCACAUGGAUGGAACAUAGCAAGAUGUGCAAGCAGAAAAAAAUGCAAUACUCCUGAUAAUGUGGAUGGUCAAUUAUAGCUUACGGCCAAAUAGCAAUGAUUAUUAGGUGAUAGGAGCCACAUGUCUGAAAGCAGGAUUGCAACCUGAAUUGGAAUAUCUCAAGAUUACUAGUCCCCACCCUCUAAUAACAAGCAUGUGCUAUAGUUAUUAUUAAGCUUUAUUUAUAACACAUAAUCUCAAAAAGCAGAUCUCUCAUGCUUUUUUAAACAUAGAAAGGCAGCCUGUACCUAGAUACCUUUUGCGCUGCCAUUUCUUUUGAUAGCAUGCUAUAGAUAGCAGGCCAUGGAUUCAGGUUUAUUUUUCCUAGGACAGGAGAAUGAAGUAUCCUUAAACAAAUUUUGCAGAAACGACAUGUUUUCUUCUCUGGAGACGCAAGCUCUCUGCCUGUCUCUUCUUCCACAUUUCGCCUCGCUGAGUCACCCUUCCUUUCUCAUAUUCUGCCUCAUUUUCUGUGUUCCUCCCCAAACCAUGAGUAAUCGCCUGUUUGUUUUUGUCCUAAAUGGGUGGGUGAGCAGGCAAACUCUUAUGGCAUAUGAAGCAUUUGGCUAGAGGUUUGCCAGAAAAGAAUUCCACUUAUUUUAGGCAAUGAGAAAUGCCAGCGCAGGCUGUUGCUUCUGGAAGGAAGGAGACUUUUCAAGCUGGUUCUGGGAAGUACUAAAAGGUUUCUGGGAGAGGGGAAGAACAAGCUUUCACGAAAGCCCCUGGAGAUAAAGAUCAAAUCGACAUCUGAGCAGAUUCUUUCUCCUCCCAGUUUCCACAGAUAGAAGACUAUCUCUCCAGCCAGUUUAGUGGGGCACCACAAAGCAUUACAACACAGAUGCUGAUCUAGUUAUGAGAUAUAUGAGAUGCAUUUGUACCUCCCCUGGCUGUGUGUGUGUAAUAACCUGCUUUUAUAUGGGAAUCUUGCAAGAGAAAAGCUGAUUUGGAAGGCAGGAAAACCUUUGCCUCUGAAACCAUUUAUUAAUGGGCUGGAGGAAGGAAUUAUUAUUAUUUUAAAUAUUUUUAGCUCACCCCUUAGUAAAAUGCAAAGCUACUGGAGUCAAUUCCACAUCUGCAAACCUUUAUCAAGAAAUUCCCUUCAUAUCAGCUAGACCAUCGGUAGGCAAACUAAGACCCAGGGGCCAGAUCAGGCCCAAUCGCCUUCACCAAUCCAGCCCGCGAACGGUCCGGGAAUCAGCGUGUUUUUACACGAGUAGAAUGUGUCCUUUUAUUUAAAAUGCAUCUCUGGGUUAUUUGUGGGGCCUGUCUGGUGUUUUUACAUGAGUAGAAUGUAUGCUUUUACAGUGGUACCUCGGGUUAAGAACUUAAUUCGUUCUGGAGGUCUGUUCUUAACCUAAAACUGUUCUUAACCUGAGGUACCACUUUAGCUAAUGGGGCCUCCCGCUGCCACCAUGCCGCCACCGCCGUACAAUUUCUGUUCUCAUCCUGAAGCAAAGUUCUUAACCCAGGGUACUAUUUCUGGGUUAGCGGAGUCUGUAACCUGAAGCGUCUGUAACCUGAAGCGUCUGUAAGCCGAGGUACUACUGUAUUUAAAAUGCAUCGCUGGGUGAUUUGUGGAGCAUAGGAAUUCGUUCAUUUUAUUUUAUUUUUUCAAAAUAUAGUCUGGCCCCCCACAAGGUCCGAGGGACAGUGGACCGGCCCCUUGCUGAAAAAGUUUGCUGACCCCUGAGCUAGACCUUUAAGCUGCUUGCCUAGACCAUAAGACACUGGCCAGGUAUGCUUUCGAUACAAAGAACCAAGGAAUUCCAAAAGUGGUUUGUGAUAGAGGGCACUGGGUGUAGCUGUGCCUGCUGUUUGAAGAAAAAAUGUUGACAAUCCUGUUCUGUGCUUCUAAGGCAUCUCAGUCUAGAUGACCUAUUGCUUUCUUUCCCACUCUGCACUUGACGAUUCAGUUGCUUCCUCACAGAUAUUUUGUGGUAUUGUUCAUAAGGGAUCAUGGAAGUGUAGAGUUGGAAAGGGACCUGAGGGUCAUCUAGUCCAACCCCCGGCAAGGCAGGAAUAUGCAGCUGUCCCACACAAGGAUCGAACCUGCAACCUUGGCAUUAUCAGCACCACGCUCUAACCAACUGAGCUAUCCAUGCCCUAAGUGCAACCUUCUUUUCACCAACCGCAUGCAACAUGUUGAGCAUCAGUGGCUGAGUAGAUCUGAAGGGCAUAGAAUGAACUAGCAUAUCUUUGCCGGAGCGGCUCGAGUUAGCAAAGCAUAAGGGUGUUUAUUUAAGGUAUGCCCUGCAGUUCAGUUUGCAGUGAAACCCCAGAGCGGCUCUUUAGCAUGACAGCAACGUGAGCUGUCCCACUCAACUGCAAUAUUGCAAAACCUCUUGCAAUGAUAAACCUCAGUAGGCUUGCUAGAGCGGUCCAGGCCAGUGCAGCUGUGGACAGAUGGUUUCUAUAGCAGCAGCCAAAGAUUUACAACCAGAAUGUUUUUGUGGAAAUCUUAACAUUUUGUGUUCCUCCUGCUUUUAAACCAACCUACUUCCCUCAAACGAAAUGAUCCAGAAAUGUAAUACUUCUACUGCUCUUUCUUGUUGCACAUGAGAUAUGGGCCUCUGGAGGGAGGAUUGUGGCCACGUUGCUCCUUCUCUUGUCCUGCUGUUGCACUGCUUUGUGUCAACCCAAAUUCCUGGUUUAUGUUCCCAGUAAGCCAUAGAACAAACCUGGGCUACAGCUCUUGAUUUAUCUGGAAUGAGAUAAGUCAUGAGCUCAGUUUGGGUGCAAUGCUAAUAGUAAUAGUAAUAAUAAUAAUAAUAAUAAUAAUAAUAAUAAUAACAAUAGCUUAAGAAACAGUAAUGCGGCAGCAGCUGGACUAGCAAAGCAACAGCAAUAUUUUUGGAACCUGUUUCAUUUGUGCUAAGCCAUAGUUUGGUUUGGCAUUUUGUGCAAACUGGGCCAUUUUAUGCUGAAAUGAUUCAUUUUUACUAUAGAAAUAUGUUUGAUGUUAAUUUCUCUCCAUCCCAUCGCCGCCCCAAUUUUAUUUUCAAAAUAUUGCAACAGCAUCCAAGCUCCUGUUUUCUUAAAAUUUUGGCCCAGGUAAGCCACAUUCUGCAACAAGAAAAGCAAGGUUCUGUUACUUGCAAUGCAAAGAUACCACCUUUAUACAUUUAUUUAUCUGGUCUAUUUUGGGGGAAAUCCCGCAAUGUGUUUAAGUCUUUACUCCGCUAACUAUACAUUGGAAUCUACUUUGGAUCAAUACUGAGUCAAAUUUAAAUGACAGGUACGGACUUCAAACCGGUUUUGGACGAUAUAUCGCCCAGCCCACAUACAUCCUCUCUUUCAAAUAUGCUUGCAGACACACACUUCCCACAGCUGAUCCAUGCGGAUGCGCUGAUCAGGGAGUUACCAGUACACACACAAACACACACCCUCUUUGCUCCUCAAAUGUUUGAUAUUGUGACUGCGGAGGACAGUUUGCAUCACCAACAGGGCGCUGGGCUUUUCUCCCAGUAGGACUGCGUGUUAGUUGGAUUCCCACCUCCCACCCCCGCUGCUGCCCAAGUUGGUUGAGUCUUGGGCGGCCUAGAACUUGAACCCAUAGCUAUGUAUUAUUUAUUUAUUUAUUUAUCCCUCUCACCAUUCUUUAUGAUCACACUUUCAUCCAGGGAUGUUGAAUAACUUAGCAAAAAAAAUAUCAUUCAGUCGAAAAUCGUAACAAUAGCAUGCAUCAAAAUCAUCCUCCUAUUAGUUAUAAAUAACAGUAUAUACUUUUGUCCCUACUCAUUUAUCCUAAUUUUUUUCUUCCCCUUCCUCCCUCCCCUUUAACCCCUUUCCCCAAAACUUAUUCUCUCUUCAGAUCUUUAACCAUGUGCACAGAUUACAGUAUUUUUUGCUCUAUAAGACUCACUUUUUCCCUCCUAAAAAGUAAGGGGAAAUGUGUGUGCGUCUUAUGGAGCGAAUGCAGGCUGCGCAUCUAUCACAGAAGCCAGGAACAGCAAGAGGGAUUGCUGCUUUCACUGCGCAGCGAUCCCUCUUGCUGUUCUGGCUUCUGAGAUUCAGAAUAUUUUUUUUCUUGUUUUCCUCCUCCGAAAACUAGGUACGUCUUGUGGUCCGGUGCGUCUUAUAGAGUGAAAAAUACGGUAUUCAUUCUAAUUUGGAUGCUUGGGUUGGCUUCCCCCCGUGCUAUCCAAUUCCUAUAACUUGUCCAUUUAUUCAAAAUCUUUUGACAUUUGUUUUUCCAUGUAUCUUCUGUCAUUACCUGUUCAAAUAUAUCCCCAUAGCUAUAUGAAUCCCUGUGUAGCGCACGUCCAUGCAUAGCUAUCUGGCAGCAGUAAAAUGCCACUCGGUAGUCCGGGGGACAGCUGAGUGCCAGCUAUAGUUGUGAAGGAAGGAUGAGGGAAUGCAAGCCUUGGGCUGCCCAAAAACUGAUGAGGUUAGACAUACCCAGCGGCCUGAUCCUGCAGAGCAAAGGAAGGAGAGGCAGGGCUCAUCUGUCGAUGUGGUUUAUUCUGGGGUAGCGAGUCUCUUGCAGUUGCUAAACAUAGUUUGUGGUCGCUCUCUUCGGUUUUCGGCCGGUGGGAUGUGAAUUCAGAGCAGCAGGGUUAAAAGCCUGUGUGGCAAAGCCUGCCAGCUGUCACUGCGGCACAUUCCAGGGGGUGCCUCUGCUUCCGUGCCAGUCCCUCCCGCGUAGCACAAAGCCCGUGCAAAACUUCCUGUGCCAGCACCGGUUUCGCCAGAGGGAGGGUUGCACCUGUCCUCCCAGCAGUAAAGGUAAAGGGACCCCUGAUCGUUGGGUCCAGAGCAGCGCACGGAAACACCGCUUACCUUCCCACUGGAGUGGUACCUAUUUAUCUACUUGCACUUUGACGUGCUUUCGAACUGCUAGGUUGGCAGGAGCAGGGGCCGAGCAAUGGGGCCCCUGUCGCUGGGAUUUGAACCACCGACCUUCUGAUCGGCAAGUUCUAGGCUCUGUGGUUUAACCCACAGCGCCGCCCACGUCCCCAGUGUAGGAAUACUAAAGGUAAAGGGACCCCUGACCAUUAGGUCCAGUCGUGGCCGACUCUGGGGUUGCAGCGCUCAUCUCGCUUUAUUGGCCGAGGGAGCCGGCGUACAGCUUCCGGGUCAUGUGGCCAGCAUGACUAAGCUGCUUCUGGCGAACCAGAGCAGCGCAUGGAAACGCUGUUUACCUUCCCGCCGGAGCGGUAACUAUUUAUCUACUUGCACUUUGAUGUGCUUUCGAACUGCUAGGUUGGUAGGAGCAGGGACCGAGCAACGGGAGUUCACCCCGUCGCAGGGAUUCGAACCGCCGACCUUCCGAUCGGCAAGUCCUAGGCUCUGUGGUUUAACCCACAGCGCCACCCGCAUCCCUCCUCCCAGCAGAGCCUGAUGCAAAAACAAAUUGCCAUGUCUUUGGUCUGUUUGUCUCGCCAGGUGGGAAGAGGAGUAUACGUUGCGCGUUCAACUGCAAGACCGAGUGACUGAGCUGCACGAGGUGAGGAUCACCCCUUCCCCUCCGACUCCCUGAAUCCUGGGCCGGGGUCUCUCUAAGCGCUGACCUGUCUAUAUGUCUACCUCUCCCCUAGGAGGCCCAGGAAGCAGAAGCGUGUCAGGAAGAGCUGGCGAUGAAGGUGGAGCAGCUUAAAGCAGAGCUGGUCGUUUUCAAGGGGCUGAUGAGCAAUGUGAGUCUACGUACUGCAUCCCCAAAUGUGCACCCUGGUUUAUUUUGGACCACAGACGGCUGGCAAGUGAAGACAUGUAAACUGGCAUAGUCCACAGCAGGGUGGAUUUGAUUUAAAUCAAUUCGAUUUAAAUCAUUUUUUAUUUUUUUUACAGAAAGACUCAUUUUUGCUGGUAUCAUCUUAAUAUUGAGAACCAGACAGAGUGGAUAAAAAUCAAUGCUUUUUAAAAAUAAAUAAAUCGGAUUUAAAAAAAAUAUUUAAAUUGGAUUUUUUUGAGUUAAAUCGGAUUUUUAAAAUAAAAUGCUUUUGGAGGAAAAAUCCUUCGAAAGAUAGUUUUCUCUUAAAGUUACAUUAUAGUUACAUUAUAGUCCAAAGGCUAUAUAUAUAAAUAAGGAUUUGUUUUAAGUUUUUAAUGUGUGCUAAAACUCAAAGUUUUUUUUUAAUUGUUUAACCACAUCAGUUAACAAACACCAGUUUAAAAAAAAAUCCGAUUUAAAUUUUAAAAAUCAUAUAUAUAUAUAUAUAUAUAUAUAUAUAUAUAUAUAUAUAUAUAUAAAAUCCACCCUGGUCCACAGAGAAUACUCUGUUGCUGGGAUGGAGUGGGGUCCCUAUGGCCUUCCAGUUGUUGUCGGUCCAAAACUCCCCUCUAUUACGACAAUAAAGGCUGAGUGAAUGAAACUUCCAUCUUCUCCCUGACCAUUGGCCGUGCCUACUGGAAUGGAUGGGAUUUGGGGUCCUGGAGACCCACAACAUUCCCACACCUUCUGUGCUACUUGUCUAUACAAUAUGCUGCCCAACCACUCCAUGCUUAAUGUGAGAGUUCGUGAGGUAACAUCAUUCACACCAGAAGCUUCAGAGGACCAUACUGAGCAAUCCCCAUCUCCCCCCCACACACACUUUUCCUUUUCCUUUUCUCCUUUAAUUAAGAAAAGGUUUCAGUCUUAUUUCCUUUAUCUCUAGUGAGAAAAGGAGAAAAAGAAAAGAAAAAUGAAAAGGCACCAAUAUGUGUAGGAAAAAAAUAUGAAUGUACACGGGGAAAAAUACCCUGACCCACACAUUCUUUUUGGAGGGACGCGGGUGACGCUGUGGUCUAAACCACAGAGCUCAGGGCUUGCUGAUCAGAAGGUUGGCAGUUCGAAUCCCCGCAACGGGGUGAGCUCCCGUUGUUCGGUUCCUGCUCCUACCAACCUAGCAGUUCGAAAGCACAUCAAAGUGCAAGUAGAUAAAUAGUUACCGCUCCGGCGGGAAGGUAAACAGCGUUUCCAUGACCCAGAAGCUGUCUGCAGACAAACGCCGGCUCCCUCAGCCUAUAGAGCGAGAUGAGCGCCACAACCCCAGAGUCGUCCGCGACUGGACCUAAUGGUCAGGGAUACCUUUACCUUCACACAUUCUUUUAUGAAUGUGAUAUUAUUAUCCUAAUAUAUAUGCAAAUAUUAAUAGCCUACUACUUUUUGUAUAAACUCAUUCCAAAUACAGUGGACCCUCUAGUUACGUACCUCUGUGGAUACGUAACUUUUGGGUUAUGUUCGCGGCAAACCCGGAAAUGUAUACUUCUGGGUUUCGCCAUGCACGCAUGCGCAGAAGCGCUCAAUUACACCACGCACAUGUGGUGUGCCUCUGCCUACGGACUUUUCGGGUUGCGGACAGACCCCCAGAAUCAAUUUAAUUCGUAUCCAGAGAGUCCACUGUAUUGUCACGUUGAUCCAAGCAAAGCCUCCAUCUGCAAGCAGUCCGUUCAUAAGGGUACAGAGGACCUUACGUAACGAUCCCUAACUUUCCUUUCUCCCCCCCCCCUCCUCUUUUUCUUGUGCGCUGAGCCAGAAUCUUACCGAGCUUGAUACCAAAAUCCAAGAGAAAGCCAUGAAAGUGGACAUGGACAUUUGCCGGCGCAUCGACAUCACGGCUAAACUGUGUGACGUUGCCCAGCAGCGCAACUGCGAGGACAUGAUCAAAAUGUUUCAGGUGAGAGGCACCGGCCCCACUUCCCACCUGUGGGGAAGGGCCACAGCGCCCCCCCACACCUUUCCCAGGGGGAACGGAACCCCCCUGCCACCCAAACCUCAUUCCAUGUAUUCACCUCAGUCCCCGGGGGAAAACCGGCAGGCAGUUUGAGGCUAGCCUUCACGAGACCCUCUGUGAGGAUGUGCGGUAGGAACCCUGUACCCCCACCCCACCCCUGGUCCCUGUCAUCAUCUCUUCAGGGCCCCCCACCUCAGUCUCUUGGCAGGCUCCGUCAGGGAAGCAGCCGGAGAGGGAGACAUGGUGGAAGUGUUUGUGUGUGCGUCUCUCUAACACCGUCUCUCCCCUCUCCUCCCCGCCCCCUUUCUCUCUCUCUUUCUUUGUCUUAUUCACUCACUCACUCUUCUUUCUCUUGCUUCCCCUAUAGAAUCAGUUGGUUAGUUGUUGUUUGUUUCUUUUCUUCAUUGAGCUGGAAAACUAUGCGAGUUAGAAGCUUUUCUGUAAAAAAAAAUAAUUAAAAAUUUAACUGUAAUUCCCGGCAUUUUCCUCUUUUUCCUUCUGGACACCUCUGUCUUAAUCUUGUCUUCCCAACGCCAUCUUUGGGGUGUGAUUGGAGUUCCCUUUACUGUGAACCCUCAUCAGAUUCCAUCUUUCCAUUGCUUAGUUUUUAAUUUUAAAAAAAUAAAGGUUUCUAAAAAUUGCAUUUUAGCCAUCGCACCAUCUUUAACCUGGUCAUAAUAAGCCCGUCUCUCUCUCUCUCCUCUCUCUCGAUAUCUCCGUUUCUCUCUUUUGCUCUCUUCCUUCCUUCUUUCUCUCUCUCUUUCUCCACAUCACCCUACACCACCCCAUUCCCUCUCCCAUCUCUUUCCACCCACCCACCUCCAACCUCCAACCCAACCUCGUUCUGUAGUCUCUGCACUUGUCUCCCAUUAAGGUCCCAGCCACGAUGGGGCGGAAGCGGGAGAGGAAGCUGGUCAGCGACGAGGACACCUCCCUCUCCGAGAGCGAGACUUCAAAAAAACUCGAGGAGGAGGAAGAGGAUGAGACCACCGCCAUGAGCAUUAAUGAGGAGAUGCAGAGGAUGCUGAACCAGCUGUGAGUUUAUCCCUUGCUUCUGGAGUUACCUUCUAGUAGGGCCAAGUUACUGGUUUGUUGUUGUUUAGUCAUUUAGCCGUGUCCGACUCUUCGUGACCCCAUGGACCAGAGCACGCCAGACAUCCUCCACUGGCUCCGCAGAUUGAUCAAAGCUCAUGCUGGACCCCUGACCACUAGGUCCAGUCAUGGCUCGACCUCUGUGGCCCUUCGCCUUGUGCGCUCCAUCUCGCCUAACAUUAGGUCUUGCCAGGAGCCGUCGUACAGCUCUUGGGUCGUGUGGCCAGCAUGAGUAGAGCCUCAGCUUCAGGAUCUGACCUUCCAGAGCAGCACUCAGGACUGCCACUUACCUCCCGACCGGAGCGGUACCUGAUCUUAUCUAGUCUAUGCACUUCGAGACGUGCUCCUUCAGAACUCAAAGCAUCCAGGCUUGGCAGGAGCAGGGACCGAGUUAUGGUCCAGCUCACUUCCAUCAUCGACUGGGAAACUACAGCUUAACCGCACGGACCUUCUGAUACUGGUUAGGGUCGCUAACCCGGCUCUGUGGUUGUGGGAACCCACAGCAGCCAUUCCGUGAUCCUCUGUGGCUAUAUGCUGAGAUUGCCAGACCACAACUCCCAUCAGGCCUGUCCGUGGCUGAUGGGAGUUGGGAGUCCGACAACAUCUCAACAUCACCACAUUGUGCUACCCUUGUGGUUACAUUUUGCUCCCUUUCUUUAAUUUAAAGGAGGAUUAAUCCUGGGGAUAGGUCUUAUAAGAGCAUUACGUGGGGCUACCAUUGAAGGUGACCCGGAAACUCCAGAAUGCGGCAGCUAGACUGGUGACUCGGAGUGGCCACUGAGACCAUAUUACACCGGUCCUGAAAGACCUACAUUGUCUCCCAGUACGUUUCCAAGCACAAUUCAAAGUGUUGGUGCUGACCUUUAAAACCCUAAAUGGCCUCAGCCCAGUAUACCUGAAGGAGCGUCUCCACCCCCAUCGUUCAGCCCGGACACUGAGGUCCAGCUCCGAGGGCCUUUUGGCAGUUCCCUCACUGCAGGAAGUGAGGUUACAGGGAACCAGGCAGAGGGCCUUCUUGGUAUUGGCAACCCUAUGUGGAACGUACUCCCAUCAGACGUCAAGGAAAUAAACUGUCUGACUUUUAGAAGACAUCUGAAGGCAGCCCUGUUUAGGGAAGUUUUUAGCGUUUGAUGUUUUAUUGUGUUUUUAAUAUUCUGUUGGGAGCCACCCAGAGUGGCUCGGGAAACCCACCCAGAUGGGCAGGGUAUAAAUUAUUAUUAUUAUUAUUAUUAUUAUUAUUAUUUAGCUGUCUCAUGUGCUUUCAAAAAAGGCAAAGGACUUCCUUGCAGUCUGCCUUAUCGUCACAAUCAUUCUUGGGACACCUGCCCUAAAUUAGUGACUAAAUGCCAUCCAAAUGCCACAUCUAUGAAGCCUUCAUUUGCUAGAUGAAGCCAGCUUUCUCGCAUGAAGGACUGCCUGAAGGAGGAUGGGUGGUGGUGCAGCUGUCCUGGCUGCUGGACCUAGCAUCCGAUCGAGAACAUCUUUCCCCCCCACCCAAAAAAAUUUUUUUAUUAGUUUUCACAGUAUUAUAAACAAACAAACAAACAAACAAACAAACACACAAGACAAACAAACAUAAAUCAUAGCCUUAUUGAAAAUUACACUUAUUAACUUUGUUAAGUGACCUCCUUGCUUCCCCUUAGUUGAAUUUCAUUGCAUGUCCUUUUAACGGUUUUCCAAAUCCCAAUUCUUAUGAAAUUUAACUUAAACAUUAACAUCCUUAGAUCUCCACAUUAUGGAAUUAAACAUAUUAAUUCAUAACUUAACAUAAAUAAAAUCCUAAGCCAAGUAUCUGCAAGCUAUUUUCAGUUAAUUUAAUUUAACAUAUUUAACUAAGUAAUCAUUAAAUUUAUUCCACUCUUCCUGAUACUGCUCCUCCUUCUGGUCACAGACUCUUCCGGUUAGGUCGGCUAGCUCCGAAAAAUCCAUCAUCUUCAUCUGUCAUUCUUCUAUCAUUGGUAAUUCUUGGGUUUUCCACUUUUUAGCUAACAAAAUACGAGCAGCAGUUGUGGCAUACAAAAAUUUAACAUCUUUCUUGGAGAUCCGAUCGAGGACAUCUAAGACGGCCGCUCCCAGAACUGAAGUUGCUGGGAUGGUCCCUCGCAUGCCAGUCCCAGUACAGCAACAUAGCGAAGUCUCUCCUCCUCUUGCUUCUGGGCCUGCCUGCCCACCGUCUCUUUGCUGAUAAUGCGGUUCCUUUGUCCCCAGGAGGGAGUAUGACUUUGAAGAUGACUGCGACAGCCUCACCUGGGAGGAGACUGAGGAAACGCUGCUGCUGUGGGAGGAUUUCUCUGGCUAUGCUAUCGCUGCAGCUGAAGCACAGGGGGAGGUAAGCGAGUGGCCUCUUUGGAGCUCCUCCUCUUGUCAGUGUACAUUUCCGCGCAAGACUUUCUCCAUUGUUGUUGAGUGGGUGCUUUGAGUCGUGCUUGAAGGUUGGGCACAAAACCAAACCCAAACCAGUCAGAAUUCUUGGCCAAGGGACUCAUAGGUUUCCUUGGUUUGCAGAAGAAGGUGUCCUUGUUUUGCUUCUUAAGGAAGGGGCAGUAAUAAUAAUAAUAAUUAUAAUUGUUAAGUUGUGGGUGAACAUAUCAGACAACACAGCGAUUCUUCAAACAUCUCUUGUUUAUUCAGAGGCCAGAACAGAAGUGAACUGAAGGGUUCAGUCAGCCUGCUUAUAUAGAGCUCCAGUACAACGUAACUGUUACGAUUUUCUAAAACUAUCCAAUCACUGAAUGUCUCGAUCCCUUAUUUGCAUAACUAUCUACAGUAUCCCCCUGCUGGCCCAGGGUGAGAACUUCAGUACAUAACAAUAAUUAUUAUUUAUUAUUUAUACCCCGCCCAUCUGGCUGGGUUUCCCCAGCCACUCUGGGCGGCUUCCAACAGAAUAUUAAAAUACAAGACUCUAUUAAACAUUAAAAGCUUCCCUAAACAAUGAGCUAAGCAGGGUGUGAGGCCUGGCCACAGGGCGAAGCCUUGCGUUUAGAGGUUUUGCCCACAGAUCUUGAAGCGGGUGCUGUCGAAAUCUGACCCACUAAGGCUGAAGACCUUACCAUGAAAGAUAGGGGGAGGAGGUUAUCUCUUUGCUUCAAACUAUGGUCCAGAUCCAGACCAAGCCCAUUUCACGGGCAACUUGCAUUAGGAAAAGUUCCCAUUAAAGCAAAGAGGCCUGUUUUGCAAUGCAAGUUGCAAGCACAGGAAACGCUUUCUGGAUCAGGACCACAGUAGAGGAGAGGGUCAAAAACCCUGAUCCAAUUUGGGCCCGUUGCAAAAAAAAGGCCUAUUGGACCUCUUUUUCUUCCACUGCAAACCGCAGGCGUGGGAUUUGCCUGUGUGGAUGUGUAAUAAGAAUAAGAAUAAUAAGAAUAAUUUAUUAUUUAAACCCCGCCCAUCUGGCUGAGUUUCCCCAGCCACUCUGGGCAGCUCCCAAUAAAGUGUUAAAAACAAUACAGCAUUAAGUAUUAAAAACUUCCCUAAACUGGGCUGCCUUCAGAUGUCUUUUAAAAGUAGGAUAGUUGCUUAUUUCCUUGACAUCUGAUGGGAGAGUGUUCCACAGGGCGGGCGCCACUACCGAGAAGGCCCUCUGUCUGGUUCCCGGUAACCUCACUUCUCGCAAUUUCUCUCCCCAGAAAUGUCCCUGAUCUGGAUUGGGAGCAAUUCCCUCCAGAUUAAAAGAAACCCAGUGUCAGGCAUGGAGAGUUCUCUCCUCCCCGGUAGCUUCAUAGGCAAGAAUCACAAGCCGUUUGUAUUUUAUAGUCCUUUGAAUUCAGUCAUCUGGUUGCAAAGCAAGAAGCCAUGUCUCUCCACAAAUAGAGGUGUUGGCUACUCUGAGCCCUUCCCCUUGCGUCCCCAGCAACAUCCCAGGCGCCAACGAGAAGUUCCACCCCUCUGCAUUCUCUGUUCUCUAAUACGGCUGGACCUGCGAGCCAGAGAGGAGCAGGGAUGGUCCAGACUCCCUAGGGAAGUCUCUGCUGGCUGUUCCCUCCUUUCCCCCUCUUCUUCCACUAUCUCGUAGUUCGGCAACUCCUGGGGAGGCUCUCCUACUGAAACUGCUGGGGAGAAGGGGGGCAAAUCGUUCACUUCUACCUCCUCCUCUGAGAGAAGCUGAUCUGGCUGAGGAUAGCCUUCCCACUCCUCCUGUUCCAACCAUUCCCUGACACCCUUCCUUCAGCUAAUACCAUGGGUUGUAUGGCUCCUGCCCUCUGUGCCACUAUGUGCUCUCAGCAGAUGCGCCGGCUUGCCUCCACAAUGGAGGGGGCUGCGCCAUGAGAUGUGCUCACGCCAUGCACACGCACUGCGCAGCAUGCACGCAUGAUGUGAGCAUGUUGUGUGGUGUGCGCAUGUCACUGCGGGAUAUUGAGGGGGCCCGCCCCCUCCUUGAACAUUUUGGAGGGGGGACGAGGCCCCUUGGCCCCCCUCCCAGAUGGCCCCCAUGACUCUCAGGUGGAGCGUUGAACUCUGUCAACACACUGUAAAUGAGGCUGUGAACAUCAUGCGCUCUGUAGCCUGUCCUCCUUCUGUGGUGAUGGACGCCAUGUUUUGCAACCUGUGUCACUGAUGGACGGCAACUGCUCUUUCUUUCUUUCUUUUUGGGGUCACUGCCACCUUCCUUGCCAGCAGCCGGACGACAGUUUGGAGAAAGUGAUCAAGGACACGGAAUCGCUCUUCAAAAGCAGGGAGAAGGAAUAUCAGGAAACCAUCGACCAAAUUGAGGUGGGGGAAAGAAGAGUGUGCAAGGAAAUAAAUGCUGGAGAUGAGCUAAUAGCUCCCUGCCACCACCAGAAAAGGAAGGAAACCCAUGGGGAUCAGGGUUAGAUGGUCACAUGGCUUGGUGGGGGCUGGCUCAGCUCAGGGGGGCACGUCAGGUGGGGCAUCAGUGGCAUAUUGCAGCACCGAAUUUAGGGUGGUUCACCCUCACGGCACCAAGCCGAAGGUGUACAAAAUUGAGAAGAUUCGCAAUUGAAAAGAUCCAUUUGGGGGAGCCAAAUUUUGGCCUCACACAGGGGGCUAUAUUGUGAAAUAUUAUACCAAAGCCCGUCCCAACAUCUGGCAAAUUGCAAAGAUCAUUGGGCAGAGGGAAUCCCAUUGCCUCCCUCACAAGUUCUUGGGUGAAUAAUAGAGUCCAGGGAAAGGGGCAGCUUUGUUCUGUGUAUCUACUCAGGUCUUUAAAUGUUUUUCCCAUUUAACACCCCUUCUCCUCACUGCAUUUGAUAGUACAGAAUGGAAGAAAGGGCUUCUAUAUCUCAGGGAUUAUACAGUGAGGAGCAGACAGGUCUCCCUCCCAAAAGGCUUCCUGCUUCUCAAUUCAGCUCUAAAUUGUAGUUUGGAAUUGUUUUGUUCUUGCCAAUAAGAAGGUCGGCAGUUCAAGUCUGCGAUGGGGUGAGCUCCCGUUGCUCCUUCCCAGCUCCUGCCAAUCUAGCAGUUCAAAGCACGGCAGUGCAAGUAGAUAAAUAGGUACCGCUGCAGUUGCGCCAGAAGUGGUUUAGUCUUGCUGGCCUCAUGACCUGAAAAGCUGUCUGUGGGCAAACGCUGGCUCCCUCGGCCUGAAAACAAGAUGAGCGCUGCAACCCCAUAGUCACCUUCUACUGGACUUAACAGUCCAGGGGUCCUUUACCUUCAUAGCUGUCAACAUUUUCCUUUUUAAAUGGAAAUUCCCUUAUUCCGAAUAGGAUUCCUCGCAAGAAAAGGGAAAAGUUGACAGCUAUGUUUACCUUUAAAAAGGUAAAGGGACCCCUGACCAUUAGGUCCAGUCAUGACCGACUCUGGGGUUGCAGCGCUUAUCUCGCUUUAUUGGCCGAGGGAGCCGGCGUACAGCUUCCAGGUCAUGUGGCCAGCAUGACUAAGCCACUUCUGGUGAACCAGAGCAGCGCACGGAAACGCCGUUUACCUUCCCGCCGGAGCAGUACCUAUUUAUCUACUUCCACUUUGACGUGCUUUUGAACUGCUAGGUUGGCAGGAGCAGGGACCGAGCAAUGGGAGCUCACCCUGUCACGAGGAUUCGAACCGCCGACCUUCUGAUCGGCAAGUCCUAGGCUCAGUGGUUUAACCCACAGCGCCACCCUUAUGUUUACCUUUACCUUUUACCUAUCACAUAAAGUUAAGAGUUGCAUCCAGCAGACAUGGGAAAGGGUUUUUGUUUUGUUUUUUGAGAUGGGGUGGAUCUGGAUUGCUCUUGGCAGGAUGAGUGCCCCUGAAACUCCUCUCUUCCUCAGCUGGAGUUGGCCACAGCAAAGAACGACAUGAACCGGCACCUGCACGAGUACAUGGAGAUGUGUAGCAUGAAGCGAGGCCUGGACGUGCAAAUGGAGACUUGCCGCCGCCUCAUCACCCAGUCGGGAGACAGGUGAGCUCCUCUAGUGGGGAUCUAGACCAGGCCCUAGUCCUUGCUGUGGGAAGGGUACACCGGUGGGAGGGGGGGCGUCUGCAGGGCCUUGUCGAUUGUCUUCCCUGUUGUGGGAGGGGAGGGGAGUGUGUGUGUGUCCGUGGGGGGCGAGGGGGAGGCGGAGGCAAAUUUGGGCUGGAUUCUGAGUGAUUGGCUGUAACCCCCCCUUGCAGACUUACAGGAGUUGUGUUUCGUGCCAUGUGUCUCUAGAAGGUGACGCAGUUCCGACAGGCGCAGUCGCCGUCGAAAGAGAGCUUCGGCCGGACAAAGAGAAGCAUCGCCGACGUGCUGGGCUUUUUUGGCACUGGUUCAUGGGACAAUAAAUUCAGUGCAGCACUGGGCUUGGGGAGGAUGUCCGUGCUGUGCCCCCAUUCCUUCUCAACCCUGGGCUUGGCAAGAUUCCUAAGGAAGCUCCCUCAUGCCCCCCUGUGCGCCCCAUUCCCUCCUCUCUCUGUGCCCUGCAAUUGCAUCCACUGUAGCCAGAAACUGCCUCCCUCUCCGUUCCAGAGCGCUCUCCUGUGCUUCCUUCUCUGCCCGCCGCGAGCCUUUGUUACAGGCGCCCACUGGACCCUCCCGCCGUGUGUGUCCCCCCCCCCCAGCCCUAGUGCGCAUGUGACCCCCGCCCUUUUUUUCUUUCAGAAAAUCUCCUGCUUUCACUCCGGUCUCGAAAAGUGAAUCGGCUCCAAGCGAGGAAAAGGAGGAGUCCGAUCGUGACCUCCCAAGCGAUGCCUCCAUAAGAUAAUGAGGGGGGAAUCUGCCCCCUCUGCAUCUCUCUCCUGGCCCAGGAGUUGUGAGCGUGCCGUUGGGGGGGUGGGGGAAAGCCAUGCCCUCGCUGUGGCUGUGCCGGACGGAAGGGAACCAGGAGCCCCACCCCGCUAGAGUCCUGCCACACAAUCCUGCCUCCGCAAUCUGGAGGUGCAGCUAGAUAAGUCGGCCAUCGGGAGCCUGUUCCUUCCUCCUCCUCCUCCUCUCCUCUUCUGCCCCUCUGUACUUAUGUGGGCUUUAGUGGGGCAGCACCCGCCUUAUUGCAACCUCUACUCCUGGGUUCUGCCUCAGGAAGGGCCCCCCCCACCCCACUUCGCCACCUAGUAUAUGUGAUUUGCCUCCCCAUGCUACACAUACACACACACAAGCCGAACUGGAUCCGUUCCUCUCUGCAAAACUUGAACCUCAUCUCGGUGCCAAGUGGGCUUAAAGGCUGGACUCUGUUCUCUGAACAGGCAGAAGUGCAUUUGGGCAGCGCGCCCCCCCCAAGGCCACGUUGCCCCCCGACAGCAAGAGCCUCUCCUCGUGCGCGGAUGAAGAACGAGCCGCGGUCUCCUUCGCCCCCACCUCUCCGCCCUUGCGUUCUGCUUAGUCGCGCUUCCGCGGCGCAAACAAUGUCUGCGAUGUGCUAUGUCUGGAAACGAGGAACAUUAAAUGGAUUUGACGUCCUUUUCUACGGGCUGUUGUGCGCGUGAGAUUUUGUGAGCCGCGCGGCGGGUGCUGCGGACGCGGGAGCUCUUGGUGCAGGUAUUAUGGGAAGCCACGAGCUGUUCUUUUAAAAAAACAAACAAUUUUAUUAAAGGUUUUCAGCAUAUAAUGC